ACAUUUAUUGAAAUUACUAUUUGUUUUGUCUUUUCGGAAUAUUUACCGUUGAACUUUUAUUGUAAUUAAUGUAUUGCACUAUUGAAGAAGAUGUAUAUAAACCAUCGUAAAGCUAAACUUAGUUUUGUUGACUUUAUCCAGUGACUUUCCUCCCGAAUUCUAAAUAUAACAGGAAUGACGAAAACCCCUGUUAUAAAUAAUUGAGCAACUUUGGAGGACUUGUAGCUUUAAAAAUAUCACGGCAAUUGCGGCCAGCUAAAUAAAUUUAUGACAAAAUGGCAACGAUUUCAUCAAUAAAGCUAACGUAUAUAUCAGAAUAGUUGUCAUACAUGUACCACAUUAUUACAUUUGAGAGAUUUACAUAUCAUAUUAACAGGAAGUGCUAGAUGAACAAAGUUCUCAUUUGAAACAGCAAAGUUACUCGCAAUGGAUUGUCGGUUAAAUACCAGAGGUCGAACAGACAAGGAAGCAGCACCGUAUACAAGGACAGAUACGUUCCCUCCAGCCUCAGAUAACCUCGAAUUUCCGAAAGAUGGAAGACAAACACAUUCAGUAUCAACGACGAUUACGUCAGAGAUUUCCCUUGAGGCAUUUGACUUCUUUAGUAAAGACAGUUUAUUUGACACAUCAGAUAAUGAGGAUGAAGGAAGCACAUCUAUAUCAUCUUUAUUAGAGACUUCAGACAUCCCAUCAAACUCAUCAAAGGAUAUGAAAGAAGAAAUACGAAAACCAGGAGAUGGACAUGUCAAUGGUGUUUUAUCCAAUGAUUGGCAAAAUGAAUUUCAAACCGAUUGUAACGAAGACGAAGAUAGAAGAAAUGUCACACCAAUAGAACAUGAUGAUCGUACAUCAUCAGCAAAACAUCGACAUGAAGUACUUGUCGAACAAGAUGAUCUGGAUAGUAGUCAACCGUUCAUUAAAGGAAAUACAACACAUACACAGUUUGAAAAAGAAGUAGAAAGCAAAAGAGAUGAUCCAAUGACAUAUGGCAAUGUAACAUACAAGUAUGAGACUGUUAAUGCUAAUGGUGAUCUAGAAACAGAAGACAACCCGGAUGCUGGUAUUGAUAUUUUGCCACCUGAUAUAGGAGUGAAGAAAUCCCCUAUAGUGUUCAUGUUAACGGAUGAACAUAGUGAACCUAGUGGAUUGACCUUAGUAUCGACUGAUGAAGGUCAUAUCAUAGAAAUCUCUGACAAAUAUAGCAAAUACUAUCAAAAGCUAAAUCUUAGGCAUUAUGAUACAAUAUUAGGAAUCGACUACCAAGCAGUAAAAUUUUAUCCGCAUGAGAUAGUCCUAGAAAUGUUAAAGUAUUUAGCGUAUCCAUCCACAGAAGAAUUUGUUAGCUUGAUUAUUGAAAGACAAGAACAAAACAGAAGUAAAGAAUUUUUAGAGAUAAAAGUGUAUGUAAAGGUUAAUACACGUGGUAUUACUGGUGGUGGUGAUGGUUCAGAGAAGUUAUCGAAUAAAACAACUACCAAUGCCAGUACUCUUAGAAUAGUUAACGUUAAAUGGAAACAUCCAAUUGAAUGCUAUAUCCGUUCCUACCCUCAAUCAAAUAAAUAUAUUACAGUGGAUAAAUCGGAGAACUUAAACUUAUCAACGUUACGAUUCGAGAAUGGAAACAAAAAUCUCAUCCGAUAUAACAUGUGCUCUGGAUUAUGCAAAAAAGAAAAAAACAGCGUAAACAGCGUAUUCAUUGGCGUCUUUCAGGUUAUUGACUCUAACAAAUUCAUAUUCGCAGCGAAAGCGACAAUACUUUCUCUAGUUCAGGGUUGGACGAGGAAUAAAUCCGAAAGAGAAAUUGUUCAAGCAGAUCCACGUUUUUUUAUAGUGAGAGAUGAAAAAAAGAAUGGAAGUAGGGUUUUUGAGUCCCUAUUUUAUAGAGGCAGCUACUGGACAUUCAACAACAAAGGAUUACAACUGAUCAAAUGUAACAAGGAAGAUCCUCUAAUAUUGCGGGAUGACCUGUUUUUUACGAUAAUUUCAAAGGAGACACUUCCAGAGGAUUGAGUUGCUGAAUAAUACAAAAUUUAAAAAAAAAACUUUUAAAUACCCGUCCUAUAAUGAGAUUGCAGAACAGUAAUCCUUAUAUGAAUAUACAAUACAGCUGUGUAAAAGUGCAUUUCUUUCUGGAUUUUGUCUGAUCAAGUCGACGUAGUAUAAAAUCGAAAUCGCUUGUAAUAUUAUACACCACUAGUUAACAAUACAGUAUUCAAGGAAAUAUGGAUGGAGAGUUGUCUCAUUGGCACUCACACCACAUCUUCCUAUAUCUAUGUUGGCAGAUUCAAACUAAUAAAAUGUAAAUCUAUAAAACAUAUAAUCUGUGUUUAUUGUUGAGAAUGUGUACAGAAUAGAUAUAAAAAGAUGUGGUAUGAAUGCCAAUGAGAUAAAAGAGGGACAGUCAAACUCAUAGAUUAAAAACAAACUGACAACGCCACGGCUUAAAAUAAAAAGAAAAACAGACAAAUAAUAGUACAGAAAACACAACAUAAAAAACUAAAGACUAAGCAACACGAACCCCACCAAAAACUGGGGGUAACAUCAGGUGCUCCGGAAGGAUAAACAGAUCCUGCUCCACGUGUGGUACCCAUAGUGUUGCUAAUGUAAUUACAGAUCCGGUAAAUAACAUUUUGAGGUACUCUCCAUCCAAGACACAAUUUGUAAAAGCAAACCAUCAAAGAAUAGGACCAUAAUAUAUUAUAUUCAUAAGUUUCUUUUUUCACGAACUUAGUUUAUUUUAUAUAUAAUUUAUUUUACUUGAUAUAUAUGCUACCAAAAACCGAUAGUUUUCAUAUUUUAUCAAUAAUAGUUACAUGUUUCUAGAAAGGAACUUGUUUCAGAAUAGUCAACUAGACCUAAAAGCAUAUAACAUUUACCGAAUCUAAGAGUAUGCUAUGCAAAGACAACCGGUACCGUCAAAUAAAAACAAGAAUAUAAUUCAUAAGAUCUCUUUUUUGUUGAUUUUGUUUCGCUGAUAUUUGUUUCUGUUAUUUUUUUACGUUCUCUUAAUAUAUCAUAUAUAUUAUAUAGGUUU